AUGGCGGACGCUGCUGCCGACCCCACAACCAAGCUGGCCGAGUCGACGGCCAAGCUCCAGCUCGAUGAGGAAACGGGCGAGAUGGUCAGCAAGGGCGAGCUCAAGAAGAGAUUGGCCAAGCGCGCCAAGAAGGCUGCCACUGAGAAGGCCAAGGCUGCGAAGGAGGCCGCUGGUGGUGGAGAGAGCAAGCCCAAGGCCGCACCUAAGCCCAAGGUCGAGGAGGUUGUCCUGGACCCGCAGGCUAUGUUCAAGCAGGGCUUCCUGGAGGAGGUCUACAAGGAGAGGCCAUCUGAGAAUGUUGUGACGCGAUUCCCUCCUGAGCCUAAUGGAUACCUGCAUAUCGGUCACGCCAAGGCUAUUGCCGUCAACUUUGGCUUCGCCAAGUACCACGGCGGUGUCUGCUACCUGCGAUACGACGAUACGAACCCCGAGAAGGAGGAGGAGAGAUACUUCACGGCGAUUGAGGAGAUGGUUCGCUGGCUCGGAUUCACGCCCUACAAGAUUACCUACUCGAGCGACAACUUCCAGAAGCUGUACGACCUGGCAGAAAAGCUCAUCACACUGGAGAAGGCCUAUGUCUGUUACUGCAAUGAUACCGAAAUUAAGCUCCAGCGCGGCGGAGAGAAGGGCGCCACCCCCCGUUACCGAUGCGACCAUGCGAACCACACCGUUGACGAGAACCUCCAGAAGUUCAGAGAUAUGAGAGAUGGAAAGUACAAGCCCAGGGAGGCCUUCCUUCGUAUGAAGCAGGAUAUCACCGAUGGCAACCCCCAGAUGUGGGAUUUGGCCGCCUACCGCAUCAAGACCGACACUCCUCACCACCGCACUGGCUGGGACUGGAAGAUCUACCCCACAUAUGACUUCACGCACUGCUUGUGCGAUAGCUUCGAGGGCAUCACCCACUCCCUGUGCACAACUGAGUUCGUCCAGAGCCGUGUUUCCUACGAGUGGCUGAACAAGACGCUUGGUGUCUACGAGCCCAUGCAGCGCGAGUAUGGUCGUCUGGGCAUCACUGGCACUGUCCUCUCGAAGAGGAAGAUCUUGAAGUUGGUCGAGGAGAAGAUUGUUCGCGGCUGGGAUGAUCCUCGUUUGUACACUCUGAUUGGCAUCAAGAGGAGAGGUGUUCCCCCUGGUGCUAUUCUGGACUUCGUCAACGAGCUGGGUGUCACCACCUCCGUCUCUGUGAUCCAGAUUAAGCGUUUCGAGCAGACUGUGCGCAAGUAUCUCGAGCGCACCGUCCCCAGACUGAUGAUGGUCCUGGAUCCAAUCCCAGUUGUCAUUGAGGACGCCGAGCCCGUUGACGUCGAGCUUCCCUUCUCCCCCAAGGACCCCAAGAUGGGCUCUCAUACCGUCAAGUUCACGCCUACUGUCUACAUCGACAGCGCCGACUUCAGAGAGGUCGACAGCAAGGACUACUUCCGCCUUGCUCCCAACAAGACGGUCGGUCUGCUCAACGCGCCCUUCCCAAUCAAGGCCACCUCCUACACUAAAGACGAGACCACGGGCAAGAUCACCGAGAUUCGUGCCGUGUUCGACAAGGAGACCAAGAAGCCCAAGGCUUACAUCAACUGGGUUGGCACUGAUGGCUCCAAGAGAGUUGAGGCUCGCAUCCACAACUCGCUGUUUAAGAGCGAGAAGCCCGACGACGCUGAGGGCGGUUUCCUCAACGACAUCAACCCCGAAAGUGAGGUCAUCUACCCUAAUGCCAUUAUCGAGAGUGGCUUCGACGAGGUUAAGCGCCGUGCACCUUGGCCUGAGGCGGCUGGCGAGAGUGAGCUCGGCAAGGGUGGACCGGAGAGCGUUCGCUUCCAGGCCACUCGUAUUGCCUACUUUGCCGUCGACUGCGACAGUACCGAUGACAAGAUUGUCCUUAACCGUAUUGUGUCAUUGAAGGAGGAUGCCAACAAGAACUAG